AUGGAUCUGGUUCGACCAGAAAUCACCAUCCGUGAGCGUACCAUUUGUAGAUGGGAUUGUCCGGCGGAAUAUGAGCUUCACGUGAAGCUCUUGAAAGGGGAUGAAAAGUUUGAUGAUAUAAAUGAAGAUUAUGAAAAACGAGAAAAUGCGAUCUAUCCUCGAUUUCGCACAGCCAAGCGAAGCUGGGCACAAGACGAAGAAAGUUAG